AUGAUUAUAUUCUUUGUUAAAAAUACAAAUUUGCGUUACAGAGGACUUUCAUGUUUGAACAAUAGAUGUGUAUCAUCGAUGUAUUUAAUAAACUACGAUUUGAUAAUUGAUAAACAAGAGGCUGACGAAGACGACAGUGGUGAUGACGAGAGCAAUGACGAAAGCGACGACGACGAGACCGAAGAAAACGACACUGAUGAAGAUGAAGAUAGUCGGAAUUUCAUUUCAAAAACAAAAAAAUUUCAAAAUGAAGAAAAUAAUGAACCUGAUGAAGAAGACCCUGUUGCGGACGAGAAUCCAGAAACUUUUAUUAAUGUGGCUAAAAGUGACAUUUACAAUGUCUUGGUAGUACCUGUUGUUUUUUUAAGUAAGACAAAGUAA